AUGACAGACUAUAUGUUAGGCGAAAGAUCAUCCAAGAGACCCUUCUUUGGUUCAACCAAUCCUUCCAACUAUUUUGACGUUGACGAUGACGAUGAGCAAUAUUUUGCUUUCAGCAAGGCUGCAUCUGAUUCAGGAGGUUAUUCAAUGGUUGGCUUAACAAAUCCUUCAUCAUCCAUCAUGCCAAAUGGACCUCAUCACAACAAAGAUGCCUCUGUCAUGGAUACCUCCGCGAGUUCCGUGAACCCGCUUUCAAAUAAUUGUAACGCUUCUCAUAAUCCUACUCUUGAUGAUGUUAAAUUAAAUGCUCCUAUUAAUAAUAAGGGUACUAGUGCAAAUGCUGACGUCACCAAUGUAACCUGCAAGGCUGAGCCAAGCAGUAAGGAGACCACCGAGCUUAACAACAAGAUUGGCAAGUCCAACUCUGUCAAAUCUCCAUCAACCGCAUCUUCUUCUCAACCAACAACGACCGCCCCCCAACAACCCUCAUCCACAAAUAACAAAAAGCGAACUCGUGCUACGCCUGAACAAUUAGCGAUUUUAGAAGAUACUUUUAAAACAAAUACGUCUCCCAAUAGUAAAGUUCGCGAAGCUUUAGCUGAAAAAGUAAACAUGUCCGAACGUUCAAUUCAAAUUUGGUUUCAAAAUCGUCGAGCCAAAAUGAAGGCGAUGCAAAAACGUGCACACUUAAUGAUUAAUCAAGAUACUAUGGGACAUCACUUUAUGGCUUGCAUGCCCGGUUAUGGGCAUAACUUGUUCCCUUACCGUAUGCCUAUUCAUCAACGUAUAGCUUUACCUAGAUCUUAUAGCGCUAGUGAUCUCACUCUUAAUAACGUCAAUGCUCUCGGUAUGCGUUCUGCUCCAAAUUCUGCCGGACUCGGGAUCACAGUACCCCAAGUUCCUCAAGGAUUCUGGCCUUCUGGUCCUUUAACUGCACCGAUUCCUUUGACUACUAGUGAACAUUUGAUGAACGGGUUUCCUUUUUCAGCUAAUCCCCUUGUAACCGCUCAACAGCAAACCCAAUCUCAACGUUUCCCAAUUUCGCCUAAUGCCAGUCCUAAUUCUAAUGCAAUGAAUGUGAAUUCUGCACAAGGGUUACGACUUGUUGUCAACCCCAAUAAUGGAAUACCGAUAAAAAUGAAUGAUCAAUCUUCCAUAUCUCCUCAACCUCAACAGUUCACACCACCUCAAGAAUUCCUCACUCCGGCUUUUAAUAAUAAUAAUAACCCAAUGGCUUCAGUUAUCUCAUGUGAAACUCUUACGAUCGGAUCAUGGCGUCGUAUUUUAACCAUGUCAUCCAUGUCAUUGCCUGAUGACCUUUUAUGUUAUUACACUUUACCACAGAAUAUUUUUACGUAUAAUAUUACAAAUGAGAACACUCAGUUCAAGAUGGAGUUCCCACUUUCUGACAUCUUUUCAGUUGAAUUUAGACCUAUUGAUGAAGUUCAUUCACAAAUUGCAAUCGAAGUCAAGAACCCACCUUCCUUCUAUAUGGAGGCACCACAUGGUGGAUGGAAUAUGUGCAAAGAUUUCACCGAAGACAGACAAGCAACUCGAAACAGGAGACAUGUAUUGAAAGGCCGUUCUGUUGUAAUUAAACCACAGCUUAUUAGACUUAUGCAAGUUGAUCAAAAUCUUGCCAAAGUCGUAACAAUAUUAGAUAUUCCAGCACCGACUGAUCCAUUAAGUCCAGACAUGACCGAAGAUGAUAUAAUGAUUAAUAACAAUGGACAACAAAAUCCUCCUCGUCGCUCGUCAUUCCCAGUUAGUGGUUCAAUUGCAAACCAUGUACAAUACGCGGAACCUCAAAAAGGAAAUAUUAAACCUGAUAUGAACCUUUUAAACCAAAUGGUCCGUGUACAGCGUCGAUCUGCUUCAGCACCAUUAUCACCUUCGGAUGAAAAUAGAAACUCCUCUUUAGGAAUUCCAAUGUCUCAGCAAAAUCUACAAAUUGAUACUUCAACAAAUUUCCUCGAAAUGUUCAAAGCCGAAGUGAAUCAUAGUUCUCCAGAAUUCUGCUCUUCACCGAUGGAACUUAACUCUUCACCAUCCACUCCUCUUGAUGUAUUUGACAAUUCUCCAGCCUUAAUGGAUUCAUCACCACUUUUAAAUCAGGAUCCCUUCGUAUCUUUACCUUCACAUAAUUUAAGUAAUCUUACCAUGGACUCCGUCACUUCUACCUUACUCUCUGAUGAGCAAGUCGCGGCCGCUAUGGUAACGUUUGCCCCUCCAAUGAACGGUCAUGAUCUACAAAAUGUUUCUAACGAAGAUUUCGCAAAUAUGUUUAAUAUGAGCAGUGGUUCAGAUACUGCUUCAGAUGUAAGCGAAUUCUUAACAUUUAAUGAGAAUAUUCAUGGUAAUGACAAUUAUGGUUCUAAUACGAUGAAUCUCGACACUGCAUGGGUUGGAGAUGUUGCUUAUUGCUAA